AUGCUUGGUACAGAUUCGUCUAGCUCCCAUUCAGAAAGAAUAAGUCAGGUUUCUCUGUUACUUCAGUCGGAUGCAGUUUUAAAAUGUUGUGUACUGACCGUACUAUGUACUAAUUACAAUACUACUACUACUACUACUACUACUACUACUACUACUACUACUACUACUACUACUACUACUACUACUACUACUACUACUACUACUACUACUACUACUACUACUACUACUACUACUACUACUACUACUACUACUACUACUACUACUACUACUACUACUACUACUACUACUACUACUACUACUACUACUACUACUACUACUACUACUACUACUACUACUACUACUACUACUACUACUACUACUACUACUACUACUACUACUACUACUACUACUACUACUACUACUACUACUACUACUACUACUACUACUACUACUACUACUACUACUACUACUACUACUACUACUACUACUACUACUACUACUACUACUACUACUACUACUACUACUACUACUACUACUACUACUACUACUACUACUACUACUACUACUACUACUACUACUACUACUACUACUACUACUACUACUACUACUCUGACUUUUUCAUCUGAUCUGAAAGUGAUCUAG